GUCUCUCCUCAGGCUGUGAACGUGGCUGGCGUGGGUAUGUUCAGCGAGGCGAUCCUCUGUCAAACUCCUCCUUCUGUACCUGCGGCCGUCAGCAGUGUCCACGCCCUCAAAGAGGCGGAGCUACGGGGAUACCACACCUCCACCUCCACAGACCAGGAGGAAGAGGAGGAGGAGGAGGAGGAGGAGGAGGAGGAUGGACCCCCCACCCCUCCUCUCUACUCCCCCUCCACUUGUCUAGGUCAGUUUGGUUUGACAUUGUUUUGUUUGUUUGUCUUGUUGACUGUUGUAAAGCCUCUUUGGGACCAUAAAAAAAAAAUAUAUAUAUAUACAUACAGUGUAUUCGGAAAGUAAUCAGACCCCUUCCCCUUUUUCCACAUUUUGUUACAUUACAGCCUUAUUCUAAAAUGGAUUAAAUAAAACAAAUCCUCAUCAAUCUACACACGAUACCCCAUAAUGACAAAGCAAAAUAUUACAUUUACAUAAGUAUUCAGACCCUUUUACUCAGUAGUCUGUUGAAGCACCUUUGGCAGUGAUUACAGCCUCGAGUCUUCUUGGGUAUGACGCUACAAGCUUGGUACACCUGUAUUUGGGGAGUUUCUCCCAUUCUUCUCUGCAGAUCCUCUCAAGCUCUGUCAGGUUGGAUGGGGAGCGUCGCUGCACAGCUAUUUUCUGGUCUCUCCAGAGAUGUUCGAUCGGGUUCAAGUCCGGGCUCUGACUGGGCCACUCAAGGACAUUCAGAGACUUUUCCCGAAGCCACUCCUGUGUUGUCUUGGCUGUGUGCUUAGGAUCGUUGUCCUGUUGGAAGGUGAACCUUCGCCCCAGUCUGAGGUCCUGAGCGCUCUGGAGCAGGUUUUCAUCAAGGAUCUCUCUGUACUUUGCUCAGUUAAUAUUUGUCUUGAUCCUGACUAGUCUCCAAGUCCAUGCCCCUGAAAAACAUCCCCACAGCAUGAUGCUGCCACCACCAUGCUUCACCUUAGGGAUGGUGCCAGGUUUCCUCCAGACGUGACGCUUGGCAUUCAGGCCAAAGAGUUCAAUCUUGGUUUCAUCAGACCAGAGAAUCUUGUUUCUCAUGGUCUGAGAGUCCUUUAGGUGCCUUUUGGCAAACUCCCACCCUGAACUCUGGAGCUCUGUCAAUGACCAUCGGGUUCUUGGUCACCUCCCUUACCAAGGCCUUUCUCCCCUGAUUGGUCAGUUUGGCCGGGCGGCCAGCUCUAGGAAGAGUCAAAUGACAAUAAUGACGAAGCAUAAACAGGUUUUUAGAAAAAAAAUCAAAUUUAUAAAAAAUAUAAAACAGAAAUACCUUAUUUACAUAAGUAUUCAGACCCUUUGCUAUGAGAUUCGAAAUUGAGCUCAGGUGCAUCCUGUUUCCAUUGAUCAUCCUUGAUGUUUAUACAACUUGAUUGGAGUCCACCUGUGGUAAAUUCAAUUGAUUGGAUAUGAUUUGGAAAGGCACACACCUGUCUAUAUUUUACAUUUUAGUCAUUUAGCAGACGCUCUUAUCCAGAGCGACUUACAGUUAGUGAGUGCAUACAUUUUCAUACUGGCCCCCCGUGGGAAACGAACCCACAACCCUGGCGUUGCAAGCGCCAUGCUCUACCAACUGAGCUACAGGGGACUGUAUAAGGUCCCACAGUUGACAGUGCAUGUCAGAGCAAAUACCAAGCCAUGAGGUUGAAGGAAUUGUCUGUAGAGAGCUGAGACAGGAUUGUGCCGAGGCACAGAUCUGGGGAAGGGUACCAAAACAUUUCUGCAGCAUUGAAGGUCCCCAAGAACACAGUGGCCUCCAUCAUUCUUAAAUGGAAGAAGUUUGGAACCACCAAGACUCUUCCUAGAGCUGGCCGCCCGGCCAAACUGAGCAAUCGGGGGAGAAGGGCCUUGGUCAGGGAGGUGACCAAAAACCAGAUGGUUACUCUAAGUAUUGCUAAAAACCUGUUUUUCCUUUGUCAUUGUGUGUAGAUUGAUGAGGGAAAAAACUAUUUAAUCAAUUUUAGAAUAAGGCUGUAACGUAACAAAAUGUUGGAAAAGUCAAGGGGUCUGAAUACUUUCCGAAGGCACUGUGUCUGUAAUAUAUAUGUCUGUGUAAAUGUAUGUGUGUGUAUGUAUAUAUAUGUAUAUAUGUGUGUAUGUAUAUAUAUAUAUGUAUAUAUAUAUGUAUAUAUAUGUAUAUAUAUGUAUAUUAUAUGUCUGUGUAUAUGUAUGUAUGUGUGUGUAUAUAUAAAUAUAUAUGUGUAUGUAUGUAUGUAUGUAUGUAUGUAUGUAUUGUAUAUAUAUAUAUACAUACAUACAUACAUACACAUACACAGAUAUGUAUAUAUACACACACAUCAUACAUAUACACAGACAUAUACAUAUAUAUGUAUAUGUCUGUGUAUAUGUAUGUAUGUGUGUGAUAAUAAAUAUAUCUGUGUAUGUGUGUGUAUGUGUGUAUAUAUAUAUAUGUGUUGUAUAUAUAUAUAUAUGUGUAUAUAUAUAUAUAUAUAUAUAUAUAUAUAUAUAUACUGCUCAAAAGAAAUAAAGGGAACACUAAAAUAACACAUCCUAGUUGAAUGUGCUGACAACAAAAUCACACAAAAAUUAUCAAUGGAAAUCAAAUUUAUCAACCCUCAAAAUUAAAGUGGAAAACCACACUACAGGCUGAUCCAACUUUGAUGUAAUGUCCUUAAAACAAGUCAAAAUGAGGCUCAGUAGUGUGUGUGGCCUCCACGUGCCUGUAUGACCUCCCUACAACGCCUGGGCAUGCUCCUGAUGAGGUGGCGGAUGGUCUCCUGAGGGAUCUCCUCCCAGACCUGGACUAAAGCAUCCGCCAACUCCUGGACAGUCUGUGGUGCAACGUGGCGUUGGUGGAUGGAGCGAGACAUGAUGUCCCAGAUGUGCUCAAUUGGAUUUAGGUCUGGGGAAUGGGCGAGCCAGUCCAUAGCAUCAAUGCCUUCCUCUUGCAGGAACUGCUGACACACUCCAGCCACAUGAGGUCUAGCAUUGUCUUGCAUUAGGAGGAACCCAGGGCCAACCGCACCAGCAUAUGGUCUCACAAGGGGUCUGAGGAUCUCAUCUCGGUACCUAAUGGCAGUCAGUCUACCUUUGGCGAGCACCCCAAAGAAAUGCCACCCCACACCAUGACUGACCCACCGCCAAACCGGUUAUGCUGGAGGAUGUUGCAGACAGCAGAACGUUCUCCACGGCGUCUCCAGACUCUGUCACAUGUGCUCAGUGUGAACCUGCUUUCAUCUGUGAAGAGCACAGGGCGCCAGUGGCGAAUUUGCCAAUCUUGGCGUUCUCUGGCAAAUGCCAAACGUCCUGCACGGUGUUGGGCUGUAAGCACAACCCCCACCUGUGGACGUCGGGCCCUCAUACCACCCUCAUGGAGUCUGUUUCUGACCGUUUGAGCAGAAACAUGCACAUUUGUGGCCUGCUGGAGGUCAUUUUGCAGGGCUCUGGCAGUGAUCCUCCUGCUCCUCCUUGCACAAAGGCGGAGGUAGCAGUCCUGCUGCUGGGUUGUUGCCCUCCUACGGCCUCCUCCACGUCUCCUGAUGUACUGGCCUGUCUCCUGGUAGCGCCUCCAUGCUCUGGACACUACACUGACAGACACAGCAAACCUUCUUGCCACAGCUCGCAUUGAUGUGCCAUCCUGGAUGAGCUGCACUACCUGAGCCACUUGUGUGGGUUGUAGACUCCGUCUCAUGCUACCACUAGAGUGAAAGCACCGCCAGCAUACAAAAGUGACCAAAACAUCAGCCAGGAAGCAUAGGAACUGAGAAGUGGUCUGUGGUCACCACCUGCAAAACCAGUCCUCUAUUGGGGGUGUCUUGCUAAUUGCCUAUAAUUUCCACCUGUUGUCUAUUCCAUUUGCACAACAGCAUGUGAAAUUUAUUGUCAAUCAGUGUUGCUUCCUAAGUGGACAGUUUUGAUUUCACAGAAGUGUGAUUGACUUGGAGUUACAUUGUGUUUAAGUGUUCCCUUUAUUUUUUUGAGCAGUGUAUAUAUGUCUGUGCAUAUGUAUGUAUGUGUGUGUGUGUGUGUAUGUAUAUAUAUAUAUGUAUAUAUAUAUGUAUAUAUGUAUAUAUGUAUAUAUAUGUAUCUCACAUAUUGGGAUGUACUGUAUAUGUGUGUAUUGAUGAGUUAUAGCUCCUGAUGGCGCAGUGGUCUAAGGCACUGCUUUGCAUGUGGCUAACUGUGCCACUAGAGAUCCUGGUUCGAAUCCAGCUCUCUGUCUCAGCCGGCCGCGACCGGGAGACUCGAUGGGUCGUCACAAUCUGGCCCAGCGUCGUCCAGGUAGGGAGGGAAUGCCGCAGGGAUGUAGCUCAGUUGAUAGAGCAUGCGUUUGCAACGCCAGGGUUGUGGAGUUUGAUUCCCACGGGGGGCCAGUAUAAAAAAAUAUAUAUAUAUGUAUUCGCUAACUGUAAGUCGCUCUGGAUAAGAGCUCUGCUAAAUGACGUAAUUUAAAUGUAAAUGUAAUAUAUAUAAUGUUGUGUAUAUGUUAUGUGUGUGGUGGUGCGUGACGGGUGAUGUAUUAUAUUAUCCCGUGCCCCAGGGCAGUAUUGGGGACAUUGCCCUGUGUAGGGUGCCGUCAUUCGGAUGGGACGUUAAACGAGUGUCCUGACUCUCUGUGGUCACUAAAGAUCACAUUACAUUUAUCGUAAGAGUAGGGGUGUUAACCCCGGUGUCCUGGCUGAAUUCCCAAUCUGGCCCUCAUACCAUCAUGGACACCUAACCAUCCCCAGCAUCCGAUUGGCUCAUUCAUCCCCCCUCCUCUCCCCUGUAACUAUUCCCCAGGUCGUUGCUGUAAAUGAGAAUGUGUUCUCAGUCAACUUACCUGGUAAAAUAAGGGUAAAAUAAGAAUUUAUGCAUAUGGUAGUGUGGUAUGUCGUGGUGGUGGUGUUAUUGCAGACGUGCUUAAAGUAAUUGCCCCUCAGGGAUACAUAGUCUUUUUAAUUGAAUUGAAAUUGGAUUGAAAAGCACUAUAUAAUAAUAUAAUUAUUAUUGUUCUAGCUGUUGGUUGGGAGGCGCCGUGCAACCACGGGGCUGAGAUCUCCUCCUAUCUCAUAGACCUGGGAGAGAGACAGUCCAUCUCUGUAGGACCAGUCACCAAAUAUAUCAUUCAGCAUCUGCAGCCUGACACCAGCUACAAGUAAGCCCACAGAAACAGUCACACACCCUGCCUCAUACAGUCACACACCCUGCCUCAUACAGUCACACACCCUGCCUCAUACAGUCACACACCCUGCCUCAUACAGUCACACACCCUGCCUCAUACAGUCACACACCCUGCCUCAUACAGUCACACACCCUGCCUCAUACAGUCACACACCCUGCCUCAUACAGUCACACACCCUGCCUCAUACAGUCACACACACCCUGCCUCAGACAGUCACCAACCCUGCCUCAUACACAGUCACACACCCUGCCUCACACAGUCACACACCCUGCCUCACACAGUCACACACCCUGCCUCAUACACAGUCACACACCCUGCCUCAUACAGUCACACACCCUGCCUCAUACAGUCACACACCCUGCCUCAUACACAGUCACACACCCUGCCUCAUACACAGUCACACACCCUGCCUCAUACACAGUCACACACCCUGCCUCAUACGUCCACGACCCUGCCUCAUACAGUCACCACCCUGCCUCACACACAGUCACACACCCUGCCUCACACACAGCACACACCCCUGCCUCACACACAGUCACACACCCUGCCUCAACACAGUCACACCCUGCCUCACACACAGUCACACACCCCUGCCUCAUACAGUCACACACCCUGCCUCAUACAGUCACACACCCUGCCUCAUACAGUCACACACCCUGCCUCAUACACAGUCACACACCCUGCCUCAUACACAGUCACACACCCUGCCUCAUACACAGUCCACACACCCUGCCUCAUACACAGUCCACACACCUGCCUCAUACACGUCACACACCCUGCCUCAUACAGUCACACACCCUGCCUCAGACACAGUCAACACACCCUGCCUCAUACACAGUCACACACCCUGCCUCAGUACAGUCACACACCCUGCCUCAUACACAGUCACGCACCCUGCCUCAACACAGUCACGCACCCUGCCUCAGACACAGUCACACACCCUGCCUCAGACACAGUCACGCACCCUGCCUCAGACACAGUCACGCACCCUGCCUCAGACACAGUCACGCACCCUGCCUCAGACACAGUCACGCACCCUGCCUCAGACACAGUCACGCACCCUGCCUCAGACACAGUCACGCACCCUGCCUCAGACAGUCACGCACCCUGCCUCAGACACGUCACCACCUGCCUCAUACAGUCACGCACCUGCCUCAUACAGUCACGCACCCUGCCCUCAGACAGUCACGCACCCUGCCUCAGACACAGUCACGCACCCUGCCUCAGACACAGUCACGCACCCUGCCUCACACACAGUCACACACCCUGCCUCACACACAGUCACACACCCUGCCUCAGACAGUCACACACCCUGCCUCAGACAGUCACACACCCUGCCUCAGACACAGUCACAGACCCUGCCUCAUACACAGUCACACACCCUGCCUCAUACACAGUCACACACCCUGCCUCAUACACAGUCACACACCCUGCCUCAUACACAGUCACACACCCUGCCUCAGACGCAGUCACACACCCUGCCUCAGACGCAGUCACACACCCUGCCUCAGACGCAGUCACACACCCUGCCUCAGACGCAGUCACACACCCUGCCUCAGACGCAGUCACACACCCUGCCUCAUACGCAGUCUCACACCCUGCCUCAUACGCAGUCACACACCCUGCCUCAUACAGUCACACACCCUGCCUCAGACACAGUCACACACCCUGCCUCAGACACAGUCACACACCCUGCCUCAGACACAGUCACACACCCUGCGUCACACACCCUGCCUCACACAGUCACACACCCUGCCUCACACACAGUCACACACCCUGCCUCACACACAGUCACACACCCUGCCUCACACACAGUCACACACCCUGCCUCAGACACAGUCACACACCCUGCCUCAGACACAGUCACACACCCUGCCUCACACAGUCACACACCCUGCCUCACACAGUCACACACCCUGCCUCAUACAGUCUCACACCCUGCCUCAGACACAGUCUCACACCCUGCCUCAGACACAGUCACACACCCUGCCUCAGACACAGUCACACACCCUGCCUCAUACAGUCACAACACCUGCACUCAUACAGUCACCACACCCUGCCUCAGACGCAGUCACACACCCUGCCUCAGACGCAGUCACACACCCUGCCUCAGACGCAGUCACACACCCUGCCUCAGACGCAGUCACACACCUGCCUCAGACGCAGUCACACAACCCUGCCUCAGACGCAGUCACACACCCUGCCUCAGACGCAGUCACACACCCUGCCCUCAGACGCAGUCACACACCCUGCCUCAGACGCAGUCCACACACCCUGCCUCAGACGCAGUCACACACCCUGCCUCAUACACAGUCUCACACCCUGCCUCAGACACAGUCACACACCCUGCCGCAGACACAGUCACACACCCUCUCAGACACAGUCACACCCCCCUGCCUCAGACACAGUCCACACACCCUGCCUCAGACACAGUCACACACCCUGCCUCAUACACAGUCACACACCCUGCCUCAUACACAGUCACACACCCUGCCUCAACACAGUCACACCACCCUGCCUCAUACACAGUCACACACCCUGCCUCAACACAGUCACACACCCUGCCUCAGACACAGUCACACACCCUGCCUCACACAGUCACACCCCUGCUCAACCAGUCACCACCCUGCCUCAACACCCCCUGCCUCACACAGUCACACACCCCUGCCUCAGACACAGUCACACACCCUGCCUCAGACACAGUCACACACCCUGCGUCACACAGUCACACACCCUGCCUCAUACACAGUCACACACCCUGCCUCAGACACAGUCCACACACCCUGCCUCAGACACGUCACACACCCUGCCUCAGACACAGUCACCACCCCCUAUCCCCACCCUGCCUCAUACAGUCACACACCCCUCCCGCCUCAGCUCAACCCCCAACAGUCACACACCCUGCCUCAACAGUCACACACCCUGCCUCACACAGUCACACACCCUGCCUCACACAGUCCCACAACCCUGCCUCACACAGUCCCAACACCCCUGCCUCACACAGUCACACACCACCCUGCCUCAGACACAGUCCCACACCCUGCCUCAGACACAGUCACACACCCUGCCUCAACACAGUCACACACCCUGCCUCACCAGUCACACACACUGCCUCAGACACAGUUCACACCCCUGCCUCCGACACAGUCACACACCCUGCCUCACACAGUCACACACCCUGCCUCACACAGUUCACACACCCUGGCCUCACACAGUCACACACCCUGCCUCAUACACAGUCACACCACCCUGCCUCAUACACAGUCACACACCCUGCCUCAUACACAGUCACCACCCCUGCCUCAUACACAGUCACACACCCUGCCUCAUACACAGUCACACACCCUGCCUCAGACAGUCACACACCCUGCCUCAGACAGUCACACACCCUGCCUCAGACAGUCACACACCCUGCCUCAGACAGUCACACACCCUGCCUCAGACACAGUCACACACCCUGCCUCAGACACAGUCACACACCCUGCCUCAGACACAGUCACACACCCUGCCUCAUACACAGUCACACACCCUGCCUCAUACACAGUCACACACCCCUGCCUCAUACACAGUCACACACCCUGCCUCAUACACAGUCACACACCCUGCCUCAUACACAGUCACACACCCUGCCUCAUACACAGUCACACACCCUGCCUCAUACACAGUCACACACCCUGCCUCAGACACAGUCACACACCCUGCCUCAGACACAGUCACACACCCUGCCUCAGACACAGUCACACAACUCUGCCUCAUACACAGCACACACCCUGCCUCAUACACAGUCACCACCCUGCCUCAUACACAGUCACACACCCUACCUCAUAACAGUCACACACCCUGCCUCAGACAGCACCACACCCAUGCCUCAGACACAGUCACACACGCCUCAGACACAGUCACACACGCCUCAGACACAGUCACACACGCCUCAGACACAGUCACACACCCUGCCUCAGACACAGUCACACCCUCCUCAGACACAGUCACACACUCCUCAGACACCGUCACACACUCCUCAGACCACAGUCACACACGCCUCAGACACAGUCACACACCCUGGCCUCAGACACAGUCACACACCCUGCCUCAGACACAGUCACACACCCUGCCUCAGACACAGUCACACACCCUGCCUCAGACACAGUCACACACCCUGCCUCAGACACAGUCACACACCCUGCCUCAGACACAGUCACACACCCUGCCUCAGACACAGUCACACACGCCUCAGACACAGUCACACACCCUGCCUCAGACACAGUCACACACCCUGCCUCAGACACACCUCUAACCCAUCUCUCCUCUCCUCUCCUCUCCUCUCCUCUCCUCUCCUCUUUGUAGGAUUCGUAUCCAGGCUCUGAACAGCCUAGGAUCAGGUCCGUUUAGCCACACCUUUAAGCUGAAGACCAAGCCCCUGCCUCCCCAGCCCCCCCGGCUAGAGUGCACUGCGUUCAGCCACCAGACCCUCAGGCUGAAGUGGGGCGACGGCCCGGCCAAGGCCACGCCCUCAGACGCCCUCCAGUACCAGCUGCAGAUGGAGGACAAGAGAGGCAGGUUGGUAGCCUGGUUAAACCGCACAAUAUCAUUCGCCUGGAGUCUCUGGAUGGAAAUAAAUUCUAUAUAUAUACUAUAAUUAUAAGACAGGUUGUAUGGACGCUGAUUGGUUGAUAGCAGGGAGUUAUUCACCACAAUCCCCGGGUAAUGCCUGUUAAGUUCCAUUUGAAUGAUCAAUGCGCAUCCACUGUCCAACAGCCCAGCCGGGCAAUUUAUAAACUUAAUCUCCCCCGCUUUAGUUGGCUAGCUAGCAAAGGAGAAGUAGCUAGCCUCCAUAGCGAUCUUGCUUGCUUAGAACGUCCAUGCUAAUAGAAUGGUCAACAAGGCCAUUUGGCCUGCAACUUCAGAAUCUCAAAACUAGCAACUUGCUUUUGCCAGGACUAUAUCGUAUGGUGGAAAGAUUAAAUAACAUUAAUUUACUCAUUCAAAUAAACAUUUUAAUGAAAACAUUUCGUUAAUCUUUUUUUAAAUAUGUUGUCAACCGUUUUAUAAAAGCAACAAGGUGACCUUGGCUUCGCCCCCUUAGUCGGGAGUUAUUACUAUCGGAAGCAACUUUGUUGAUAUGCAUUGCCAGUGAUAUUCUAUUUACAUUUUACAUUUUAGUCAUUUUAGCAGACGCUCUUAUCCAGAGCGACUUACAUGAGCAAUUAGGGUUAAGUGCCUUGCUCAAGGGCACAUCGACAGAUUUUUCACCUAGUCGGCUCGGGGAUUAGAACCAGCGACCUUUCGGUUACUGGCACAACGCUCUUACCCACUAAGCUACCUGCCACCCCUAUCUAUCAAGGAACAGGUCAAUUCAGCUUUCAAUUCACACAUUUGAGAUAUUUUUAGUUAUUUACAUUUCUACUGACUGCUGCCCAGGAUUUUGUUCUGACCUAAUCACAAUGUCAGAACAAUAAAUCAGCUGGCAAACAGGCAGAAAGAUGUUUAAUAUGGUGCAGCUUCUGAAGCGGCAACCUUCAGUUUUAGUGAAGUGUUCGAUAUGGUUCCAACUAAAUGUGUUGCCUCGUCCAAAAGUGAACCCAAUAAGGAGACCGGCAGACAAGACCUGUUUUACACCACUCUCUUCCCCUCCCCUCUCUCCAGGUUUGUCUCCUUGUACAGAGGGCCCUGCCACACUCACAAAGUCCAGCGGCUCAAUGAGUCUACCUCUUACAUGUUCCGAAUCCAGGCCUUCAACGAGGCGGGCCAAGGACCCUUCUCCACUGUUUACACCUUCACCACCCCCCGCUCCCCCCCCGCCCCCGUUAAAGGUACAUCUCUCUCUAUCCUCCACACUUCCUCUCACCUCUCUCUAUUUCUCCUCCCAUCCUCUCUUCUGUAAUGUAUAGACCUUCACCAGCCCCCAUUUCCACAUCUACUUCUUCUGUUAAUUCAUCCUCUUCUCAUCCUGACUCUCCUUUAUUCCUCUGUGGCUCACUUCCUCUCAUCUUUCUCCUGACUGACCUUUCAGCCUCAUUGUCCUCACCUUUCAGCCUCAUUGUCCUCACCUUUCAGCCUCAUUGUCCUCACCUUUCAGCCUCAUUGUCCUCACCUUUCAGCCUCAUUGUCCUCACCUUUCAGCCUCAUUGUCCUCACCUUUCAGCCUCAUUGUCCUCACUUUUCAGCCUCAUUGUCCUCACCUUUCAGCCUUAUUGUCCUCACCUUUCAGCCUUAAUCUUUGAAGGUGUUGUACUCUCUCUCUCUCUCUGUAGCUCCCAGAGUGGAGCGUGUGGAGGACCUGUCUUCAGUCUGUGAGGUGAGCUGGGAGCCCCUGCUGCCCAUGAAGGGAGACCCCAUCAUCUACACGGUGCAAAGCAUGAUGGGUAACUCUGAGUACAAACAGGUAAGAAGAAUGAGAAGGGAUGUGAUUUAUGUAGCGCUGGAUGAGGAAACCAAUACAGCCCUUACCAAUGUGUAGCACCCCACCAGAGUCAUUGUCUUCAGUCAUCGCUGUACAACGGUGGUCACCAACCGGUCGAUCUCCAAUGCAUUCCUGAAGGUAGAACUCUGCCUACCCGGCAGGCCCAGAGAGCAAAUCGAGAGCAGCUAUAUAGGCCUACCGCUGGCCAAUCAGGAUAGCUCAGAUCACCGUGUCUCUGCACAGUUUCCUUGAGCCAUAGACUAAAAAGAAACCUUGAACGCACAGCAAAGUUGAUACUGUGAGAAUUUUAACCUUUUAAAACCAUGACUAGAGAGAGACUCAACGAAUACAGCAAAGAGCUGCUGUUUAAGUCAUUAUACAGCGCUGUUAACCCUUUGUUCAACACUUUACAGUGGCUUGUAUUCAUGGUUGGCAACGGAAGCCAGGCUUCCCCAAAAAACCGACCAAGAAAAAAGACCAAAAAAACAACAAAAUAAUGUAUCUUUUGUCUCUCUUUAUUUCAUACAUUUCCUUCAAUUCGCAAGAGGCUGAAUGUAUUUCACCGGAGAAAUCAUCAGAGCGAGCGAAACAGCGCCCCCUCUGUCUCUCUAUGUGUAGGCCAUCUAUCAAAAUGAGUAUGACAUUGUUGCCGCCCGUAGCGUUGAAGGCAAGGGAAGCCAGCGAGCAUCUGGCCUCCCUUGAUUAAAAAAAAAAAGUAGAAAGUAAUAGCCAAUCAGCGUUGAGCUAAACUGAGUGAGCUGAAUUGUUGCAUCUCGUUGUGUCGUUGUCCUCCGGGCCGUUCCUAAAUUAGCCAGGGAGAGGAUGGACUUGUGCUUUUACUUAAUUCUCCGUACUGGCCAAUGAUUAUAACAGCGAUUCUGAUCCAACCAUUAAUUCAUACAUUGUGCCCCUGGCCUGAGAGAAUGGAAGUUCAAUAUGUAGCUAGAUGUAGAAGGUGUCAUUAGUGUUUCUCUACAAGCAGGGUGAGUCAACAUUGUUUCUCUACAAUAGGGUGAGUCAACAUGUUUUUCUACUUCCACACACACACACACACACAAAUCAGAACCAUGGACAGCCACAUCAUAUUUAGCUUACGUCGAUUGGACUAAAUAGUUUUUGGUAUCUUUUAGUUGUCACUGUAUUAGACUAAGCAGAGGUGAUUUGAUGAUGUUAAAAUUGAAAUGGUGCUGGAAUAGUGGAGGCAGCUCCUGUUUUCUUUGCGACUUGCGGUAACUCUCUGUGGUUCUAAAUCAAUAGUUGUUUAGUGGUCCGAAAAUGUUGGAAACAUGACAACUCGUAGGUCAUGUAACAGUUUGUUACUGUUCCAUGCAAUAUGCUUUGUGGACUUCACCGGACAGAGGUAGCUCUCCGGUUUUGUGAUGAAACAAAGGUGUGAUUGAAUUUAUUCUACCACUGUGUCUUCUUAUUGUCUCGGCCUUUAGGCCUGUAUAUCAAUGCAAUUAUCACAACACAUUGUUGUAAAAUGGCUUUUUUUUCCCUGGCUUUGCUUCCCCAGUGAAUUUACCCACGCGCUGCUACUGCACCUUUAUAAGCCAUAAAAUGUGCGUUCUCCCUACUUCCACUCACACUACAACCAGCACUGCAGAUGUAAUGAAUGAGUAGGAGAGUGUAUCUAUAGGCUUGCGUUGUUAUUAUUAGCGGCUUGGGUCUUUUUUAAAUAAUAUUUCACCUUUUUCUGGACAUAGGAGUAACAACAUGACUUGGUGUAUGAGGCAGAAAUAAUGCGGUGCAACUUGAGUUUCACCAUCAGCUGGAAGACUGAGUUGGGUGAGCGAGCGAGCGAGUAGCCUCACCGCUGCUCCCUCCCCUCAGACUGACCAUCAACAAACGAUCUAUUACCAGUGUGAUCAUAUACCUACAGAUUUACAUAAUUUCAAUAUGGUCUGAGAAGAACAUUGUUGGCAGGGCAAAUCAAUCAUAGCCUGCUGCACAAACCUCACUGCUACAGAACUGUUUUUAAUUGGUUAAUGUUGCAUAGGCUUAUGUCUUUUAGGGCAUGUUAAAAAAAAUUAUCUGACCGUUAAAGCUCUGCUUGUGUCAGAAAGUGACCUUGACUCAGAAAAGGUUUGUUUGCGUUCUACUACAUUAUGCAUAUUAGCAACAAACAGAUGGAGGCUACCUGUUGUGACAGUUAGCUCAGCUGUAGCAGUUCUUCAUCAGGCUGAAUGGUGAUUCCUCUGUCUAAAUGGACCAUUAUGCUAAAUGAUGUUGAUCCCUGAGGGGAACCCAGGUGUCUAGUCUCCCACUCCAUCCUUCUCAGCAGUAACUCUUAGCAGGCCAACCUGGACUAAUGGUGGGCUCAGCAGUAACUCUUAGCAGGCCAACCUGGACUAAUGGUGGGCUCAGCAGUAACUCUUAGCGGGCCAACCUUGACUAAUGGUGGGCUCAGCAUAACUCUUAGCGGGCCAACCUGGACUAAUGGUGGGCUCAGCAGUAACUCUUAGCGGGCCAACCUGGACUAAUGGUGGGCUCAGCAGUAACUCUUAGUGGGCCAACCUGGACUAAUGGUGGGCUCAGCAGUAACUCUUAGCAGGCCAACCUGGACUAAUGGUGGGCUCAGCAGUAACUCUUAGCGGGCCAACCUGGACUAAUGGUGGGCUCAGCAGUAACUCUUAGCAGGCCAACCUGGACUAAUGGUGGGCUCAGCAGUAACUCUUAGCAGGCCAACCUGGACUAAUGGUGGGCUCAGCAGUAACUCUUAGCAGGCCAACCUGGACUAAUGUGGUCAGCAGUAACUCUUAGCGGCCAACCUUGAUAAUGGUGGGCUCCCGUAACUCUUAGCAGCCAACCUGGACUAAUGGUGGCUCAGCAGUAUCUUAGCAGGCCAACCUGGACUAAUGGUGGCUCAGCAGUAACUCUUAGCAGGCCAACCUGACUAUGUGGCUCAGCAGUAACUUUAGCGGGCCAACCUGGAUAAUGGUGGGCUCAGCAGUAACUCUUGCGGCCAACUGGACUAAUGGUGUGGUGGGCUCAGCAGUAACUCUUAGCAGGCCAACCUGGACUAAUUUGUAUUUUAUUUUAUUAGGAUCCCCAAUGCCAAUGGCGACAGCUAGUCUUACUGGGGUCAAACACAUAACGAAAAAGACAUUACAGACAAAAUACUUUACAAUUUACAUUUAAAAACAUGUUGUGUGUGUGUGUGGUAUGCAUUAGAGGUCUUCAUUGGUCUAAAAAGUUGGACCCGUUCGGAAAUGGACCUGGGGCUUUCCCACCCGGACCCGAUACGCAUAAAUGUUGUUUUUUUUCAAACAUAGAGACCCGUUCCGAACGGAACCGAGGACAACUAGACCCCUUCCGUGUAGACCUGGUCGGAUCCAGACCCGGUCCGAUUCCGAGUGAGGGGAGCAGCAGAAAAGUCAUUUUUUUUAUGCUACUUUAUUAACCGGAGCUGAUGAAGCGAGAGAGGUGGCGCUCUAGCAGGGCCGGGGGAGGGGCCAUACUGUGAGGGAGUGACACAGACAGGGGAGGGAGAGACGAGAGACGGCAACCAACCACGCCGACUCGCGCUGAAGUACACUAAUAGCUGCCAUAGCUAGGUUAAUUAUCAUCCAACAUGAUUACAUAGUACCUGUCUUGACUGUAUCAAACCCGGGAGAAGCAAGUUAAGCUAGCUAACGUUAGCUAGCUAGGCUAAUUGAGGGUGCAGUGCAUGUGAGCUUUUUUAAUCCUACAGUUCCAAACAACAAUAACUCCAUUCAGAAUAUUAAAGCCUUACCUGUCUCUUAGUCGUUGGAGCCUGUCCUUCUCCUUUAACUUUUAAUUCAUCAUCAUUUUAAUUCCGUCUUCCAUUGAUUUAAAUAUCUCCUGACGUUUUGCCCCACACGGAGCGAGGCUCUAUGACUGUAGCCCAUUGAUGACUUCUGAUUGGCCAACAACAAGCUGCACGCGCCACGCUCCACUGUCCUGAAAAGCAAGAACAUAAAUGAUAACAUUUCCUCUAUUGCAGCAGUCGCGUUAGGAUCAGUACGGGCCAUUCCGGACAAGUCAGUUAAAAUUACACAUACCCGUGACAAUCAUAUCAAGAGACCGACCCAGACCCGUGACAUUAUUUAGAAUUCUGCUCGGGUCCCGGAUCGGGUCUCCGGUAUUCGAGCACAGGUGGAUUCGUGAAGAGCUCUAGCAUGCAUAUCAGUUCCACAUACAUGUCAGUACAUACACACAACAAGUAGGUCACAUGGGGGAGAGGCGUUGUGCCGUGAGGUGUUGCUUUAUCUGUUUUUUUAAACCUGGUUUGCUGUUCACUUGCACUAUAUAAGAUGGAAGGGAGUUGCAUGCACUCAUGGCUCUGGAUAAUACUGUACGUUUCCUUGAAUUUGUUCUGGACCUGGGGACUGUGAAAAGACCCCUUGGUGGAAUGUCUGGCGGGGUAAGUGCCUGUGUGUAAGUUGACUAUGUAAACAAUUUGAAAUUUCCAACACAUUAAUGUUUCUUAUAAAAACAAUAAGCUAUGUCAGUCUUUCCUCAACUCUUGGCCAAGAGAAACUGGCAGGAAUAGUAUUUAUAUCAGCCCUAUGAUUACAAUGAAGAGCAAGACGUGCCGCUCUGUUCUGGGCCAGCUGCAGCUUAACUAGGUCUUUCCUUGCUGCACUGGACCACAUCACUGGACAAUAAUCAAGAUAAGGCAAAACUAGAGCCUGCAGGACUUGCUUUGUGGAGUGCGGUGUCAAAAAAGCAGAGCAUCUCAUCACCGACAGACCUCUCUCCCCCAGCUUUACAACCAUUGAAUGAAUCAUGUUUUUGACAAUGACAGUUUACAGUCUAAGGUAACACCAAGUUAUAGUCACUGACUGCAACUCUUUGUUCAGGGGUUGCAGUGAUUUUCACUAGCUGGGGUUGCUGACACGUAUAGGGUUGAAUCAUCAGCAUACAUGGACACACGUGUUAAUACCAGUGGCAGGUCAUUGGUAAAACAAAUCUAAAAGAGCAGAGAGCUGCCCCCUGCGGUACACCAUUAAAGAGAAGGUUCCUCUGUGUUCUCUGAAUCCACAAUACGGCAGAGGUUGAAAAGCCAUAACAAUAAUGGCUAUGGUUAUGGUGGGCUCAGAGGCUGCUGGCUGACGCUAAUCUGCCUUGAUAUGACAACCAAAUUAAAUAAGGAAGCUGUAUGCGUCUGCCAUUUACCACAGAGCUUUGUCCUUUCAUCACUCUAUCCAAUCACAGGCCUCCAAGCUACAGAGGCAGACCAUGUCUUCUGUCUCCCUCCUACUUCCUUCCUGUAUAUUAACCUCCCUUUCCUCUAGCUCUCUCUUUCCUCUAUCAAUUCAAUUUAAGAGCUUUACUGGGCAUGGGAAACUUAUGUUAACGUUGCCAAAGCAAGUGAAAUAGAUCAUAAACAAAAGUGAAAUAAACAAUCAGGAAUUAACAGUAAACAUUACACUCAGAAUUGUUCCAAAGGAAUGGAGACAUUUCAAAUGUCACAUUAUGUGUAUAUAUACAGUGUUGUAACGACGCGUAAAUAGUUAAAGUACAAAUGGGAAAAUAAAUCAACAUAAAUAUAGGUUGUAUUUACAAUGGUGUUUGUUCUUCACUGGUUGCCCUUUUUUUCGAUCUCUCGCUCUCUCGCUGUCCCUCUUCUCUCGUCUCUCGUCUCUCCGGCUGUCCUCUCUGUCUUCCUCUCUCUCGCUGUCUCUCUCGCUGUUCUCUCUCGAUUUCUCUCUCUCUCUCGGCUGUCUCUCUCUCGCUGUCUCUCCACUCGCUGUCUCUCCUGCUGUCUCUCCUGUCUCUCCCGCGGUCUCUCUCUCGCGCUGUCCUCUCUCGCGCUGUCUCUCCGCUGUCUCUCUCUCGCUGUCUCUCUCAUCGCGUUCCGCUCUCUCCUGUCUCGCUGUCGUCUUCUCUCGCUGUCUCUCUCUCUCGCUUCUCUCUCUCUCGCUGUCUCUCCUCUCGCUUUCUCUCUCUCGUUCUUGCUGUUGCUUCUCGCUGUCUCUCUCUCUCGCUCUCUGUCUCUCUCGCUGUCUCUCUCUCUCUCGCUGUCUCUCGUCUCUCUCUCGCUUUUGCUCGUCUCUUCUCUCUUUUUCUCUCUCUCGCUGUUCCUCUCUCUCUCUCUCGCUGUCUCCUCGCUCCUCUUUCGCUGUCUCUCUCGCUGUCUCUCUCUCUCGCUGCUCUCUCGCUUCGUCUCGUCUCUCUCUCCGUCUUCUUUCUUCUCUCUCUCUCCUUCUGUCUUUCUCUCUCUCUCUCGCUGUCUCCUCUCUUCUCUCUCUCUCCGUCUCUCUCGCGUCUUUCUCUCUCUUCUCUCUCUCUCCUCGCUUUUCUCUCUCUCUACUGCUGUCUCUCUCCGCUCUCUCGUCUCGCUGCUUCUCUUCUCUCCUCCUCUCUCUCGCUGUUUCUCUCUUCUCUCUCUCCUCGUUUCUCUCUCUCUCUCUCCUCUUCGUCUCUGUCUCUCUCUUCUCUUCUCGCUUCUCUCUCUCUGUCUCCUCUCUCUCUCGCUGUCUCCUCUCUUCUCGCUCUCUCUCUCUCUCUCUCGCUGUCUCGCUCUCUCUCUCUCGCUGCUCUUUCUCCUCUCGCUGUCUCUCUCGUCUCUCUCGCUUCUCUCCUCUCCUGCUCGCUUCUCUUCUCGCUCUCCGUCUUCUCUCUCGCUGUCUCUGCUCUCUUCGCUUGUUCUCGCUGUCGUCUCUCUCUCUCCUUCGCUCUCUCUCUCGCUGUCUGUCUCUCUCUCGCUGUGUCUCUCUCUCUCUCGCUCUUCCUGUCUCUCUCUCGCUGUCUCUCUUCUCCUCUCUGCGUCUCUCUCUCUCUCGCUGUCUCUCUCUCUCUCUCUCUCUCUCUCUUCCUCUCUCUCUCUCUCUCUUCUCUUCUCUCUCGCUCUCCUGUCUCUCUCUCUCUCUCGCUGUUCUCUCUCUCUCUCUCGCCUGUCUCUCUCCUCUCCUGCUCUCUCUCUCUCUCUUUCUCUCACUGUGUCUCUCGCUCUCUCUCGCUGUCUCGCUCGCUCUCGCUCUCUCUUUCUCUCACUGUGUCUCUCGCUGUCUCUUCCUCGCUGUUCUCUCUCUCUCUCUCUUCCUCCUGCUCUCUCUGUCUCGCUGUCUCUCUUCUCGCUGUCUCGCUUCUUCUCUCUGUUCGCUCUCUCUCUUCUCUCUCUCUUCGUCGCUCGCUUUUCUCUCUCGCUCGUCUCGCUCUCUCUCCUCGCUUUCUCUCUUCUCUCUCCUUGCUGGCUCUCCUCGCUGUUCUCUCUUUCCUGUCUUCUCUUCUCUCUCCGUGCUUCUCUCCCUCGCUGUCUCUCUUCUCUCGCUCGCUUCUGUUCUCUCCUCGUCGCUCAGCCUCUCUCUCGUGUCAACUCUUUCUCUCUCCCGUGCUGUCUCUCUCUACCGUCGCUGAGCAUUGUCCCUACCUCCGCUGUCAAUCCCUCGCUGUCUCUCCCUUGCUGUCUCUCCCUCGCUGUCUCCCUCGCUGUUUCUCUCCCUCGCUGUCUCUCUCUCUUCUCUCUCCCUCGCUGUCUCUCUCCCUCGCUGUCUCUCUCUCUUCUCUCUCCCUCGCUGUCUCUCCCUUCUCUCUCCCUCGCUGUCCCUCUCUCUCGCUGUCUCUCUCUCUUCUCUUUCUCUCGAUGUCUCUCUCUCUUCUCCAGGUGUAUAAAGGCUUUUUCCACCUUGUACCAGGUGUAUUCUAACCUCUCUUCUCUCUCUCCAGGUGUAUAAAGGUUCUGCCACGUCCUACCAGGUGCCCGGCCUGCAGCCCAACAGUGAGUACCGCUUCAGGGUGUGUGCCAUCCGCCAGUGCCAGGAGGCUCCAGAGCUGAGUGGUCCCUACAGCCCCACGGUGGCGCUCUCCCCCCAGCGCAGUGAGCUGUCGGCGGGCAGUGUGAGCGGUGUGAGCCCCCGGGCUGGAGCUGACACCGCCAGGCCCAAACACACCCCCCUAACAGAUGAGCAGUGGGCUGCUCUCAUCAUCAUACUCUGCGCUGUCAUCUCGAUCCUCAUCGCUUUCAUCAUCCAGUACUUUGUUAUCAAGUGAGCUUCAUCUCUCCUCCUCUACUCCUCCCUUGUUCCUCCUCUCUGUCCCCUCCUACCCUGUUCCUCCCUUCCUUCUCCUCCAAGCUGCAGGGUUACAGCUUUAGGUUCCUGUUGAUGUUGUUGUUUAUUUCUGUUGUCACCCCUGGGUGAUCAUGAUUAGCAGAGGGAAGGGAGUCCAGAGGAAAUGAUAUCAUGUACUGCUAUGACACCUUCCUGUCUCCCUCUUCCCCUCCCUAACCCCCCUUUUACAGAAGCCUCUCAUUAUUUAACAAGACUCCACUGUGGUUGGUUACCCUGCUCAGAAUAGAGUACCACAGUAUGAGUC